CCCCCACCACCAUCCACUCGACUCUCCACAACCAACGCACCAGCAGCACAAAGGGCGAGCUAUUAAGCAGUGAACCCUUUUGCGAUCCCACAAGACCUCUACCUUCUCCGACCAGACCUCUACCUUCUCCCACAAGACCUCCACCUUCCCCAGCAAGAUGUCUCAAGAUACCAGCGCUGCGUGGCCCGUCGCCGACCAGGCGCUCAGCCAGGAAAUCCUUGACUUGGUUCAGCAAGCGGGAAAUUAUAGACAACUGAAGAAAGGUGCCAACGAGGCAACGAAGACUCUGAACCGCGGUAUUGCAGAAAUACUGGUUCUGGCCGCCGAUACGAGCCCUCUGGCCAUCCUCCUCCAUCUUCCCCUGCUCUGCGAGGAUAAGAAUGUCCCAUACGUUUAUGUUCCAAGUAAGAUGGCUCUUGGCCGUGCCUGUGGUGUCUCGAGGUCUGUCAUUGCAGCCUCUAUUACGACCAAUGAUGCUUCCGACCUCAUGAACCAGAUCCGAUCCCUCAAGGACAAGGUUGAGAGACUCAUGAUCUAAGUACCCCCGAAAUCUACUAUACCAAGGCCGUAGUGUAGGAUUUUGGUCUGGCGACAUAGUCAUCCUAUGUACCAUGUCCAUACAUGGCGGCGUUAAACGGCGUGUUGAUGAGGGUUGAUAUCAAACGAGAAGAAUUCCUAAUGUUACCAUGCAAUUUCCAAAAUUUAUCAUCAAGUCCCAUCCCCUACCACGCUACCCUAUCCGUCGACGCUGAAAACCACGAUCAUGAUCUGUUCAACAAAGGAAACCACCAUGACCGCAGAGAGCCU